UUACUUUGAUUUAUUUUCAAAUGUCUUCUCACUCGUCUACAGUUCUACAGAGCUUUUCUCACGUGGGAGAUCUUUGAAUUUUAGAAAUUUGCAUUUUGCAGUACUAUGAUGCAUGUGUGUUGAACUUUACAGUAAAAACUAUAACUAUAUACUCUCUUAAAAAUGGCAUUGGGAAAUGAGGUUGACGAUGUGACUGGUUUGUUAGAGAAAACAUCAGUUAAACAGAUCAAUAUUGUCAGAUUGCCUGACAAGGGACGGAAGUUAAACACUGCUGAGGAUGUUAUUGAAGUUAUAAAAGCAAUUGAGGAAAGUAAAGAUGUUCAAGCUUUUACUCUUGAAGGACAUACUUUGGGUAUUGAGGCUGCCAAGGCCAUUGGUAGUGCUCUGUCAAAACGACAAGAGUUUCAGAGAGCUCUCUGGAAUGAUAUGUUUACUGGUCGUUUGAGAUCAGAAAUACCUAUAGCAUUGGAAAGUUUAGGUGAUGGUGUCAUAGCAGCUGGUGCACAUUUGACUGAAUUAGAUUUAUGUGAUAAUGCGUUUGGUCCAGAUGGUGUGAGAUCUGUCAAAAAACUUUUGACCAGUCCAUCUUGUUUCUCAUUGGAAGUUUUAAAAUUUAACAAUAAUGGUCUUGGAAUAGGCGGUGGUCAGAUAUUAUCAGAUGCCUUGUUAGAAUGCCACAAAGCUAGUGUUGACAAUCAUCGUCCUCUAAAAUUAAAAGUGUUUGUUGCUGGAAGGAACAGGUUGGAAAAUGAAGGAGCUACUGCUCUAGCAAAAGCCUUCAAGGUAAUAGGAAGCCUUGAAGAAAUAUCCAUGCCGCAAAAUGGUAUUAACCACGCUGGUGUGGCUGCUUUAGCUGGGUCUUUUAAGAGCAACCAAGGCUUAAAGGUCGUGAAUCUUAACGAUAAUACCUUUACUUCAAAAGCUGCAAUUGCAAUGUCAAAGAUUCUUCCAAGUCUUCCAGAUUUAGAAGUUAUCAACUUCGGCGAUUGUUUAGUGAAGUCAAAGGGUGCAAUAGCAAUUGCAGAGGCUUUAGAAAACAGUGUCCCUAAAUUAAAGGAACUUGUUUUGGCAUUUGGCGAGAUCAACAAAGAAGCAGCCAUGCGAGUUGUGGAAUCCAUGGAAAACAAACUUCACCUUGAGAAAUUAGAUCUAAAUGGGAACUGUCUUGGCGAAGACGGUAUUGAGGAAAUAAAAUGGAAGUUAAAUGAGCUUAAACACGAAAAUGUUCUUGCUUCCAUGAGCGAUGAUGAAGGUGAAGAGGAUGAAGAGGAUGAAGAGGAUGAAAGAGAAGAUGAAGAGGAUGAAGAGGAUGAUGAUGAAUCCGAAGAUGAUAGCGAUGAAGUUGAAAAAUCAGGAGAUGUCGAGGAAGGAACAUUGAGAAUGGUUAUCAGGCUUUCCGCAUUUGACGUCAUUAUGAGAGAGAGGUUUAUUGCUCGUGACAAUCAUCUCAAAACUGCUAAAGAAUUUUUGGGGCAUCCAUCGCUAGAAAAUUUUAAAAAAUUGCCGGAAUUUGACAGAAUCGAACUUAUAAAAGAAGCUUUGCAGACUAAAAUCGCUGAUACAAGUGUUAUUUGCAAGUUAUUUGUUCAGGCGUCAUGUGUUCUUCAUAAUUCAGAUGAUUUCAUCCCAUGCACAGAUGUCAUUCUCCAAGAAGCAUUUCUCAAAUCUGGUAAACCUGAAACUGUGAUUAACAGCUUACUGAUCCACAUGGGUCUGCUAAAGAGUGAAGAUAAGUUAGAGCCAGCAAGUAAUGAUAUAACAGGAGCGUUGCAAGCACUGAAUCAAGCUGCCAGACAGGAGUAUUUUCCUAAGGAUCUUGCUUUCUUCUUUACCGCUUUCUUAUCGAAACCAAACUGUACAGUAAAAUUUUCAGAAUCGGCAAGGACAAACCUGCUGCAAACUUUAGAGCAUUUGUAAAUCUCCAUAUAUGCAUUAGAACGAUGUAAUCUUACUUUAACUUAAAAAAAAGUGAACAUACUGAAGCAUGUCAUUUCGCUCUUUAAAACUGUGCAUCCUGUAUCGAAAUAUUUCUUACAAGCGCGUAAGAAGCCUAAAAUCUAAAAAAGUUUUGUUUUAACCGAUCAUCUCAUUGGCAAAUCACCAACUUCGAAGAACAACGAAGCACAGCUUAUAUCCAAAAGAGGAGAAGUAAAAACAAUUCUACUAAGUUGUAGGUGCAAGUUGCCCUGGUGGUCAUAAAAUCUAACUCAUAACUGCGAGACCAUGACCGUCACCGCUAUAUACCAUGAGAUAUGAUAGAAAGCCAACACCGAUUUGUUUUUUUUUAAUGUAUUCUCGCCUUAAAUACUCGACCAUUUAUUAUCUCAUUUCUAUACCACUGGUUACAAUGCAACUGUUUUGCAUUUUUAUUGACGUUAAACCUAAUUUCGUAGCUUAAAUUAAAAUUUCCUUAAAUUUUACUCGAGUCAUUUUUGAAUGUCGAAUAACAAACCAUUGACUAUCUAAUACCAUCCUAAAACUAUUAAUAUUUUCUUACGCAUGCAUGCAUGUUCGAGUGACGUUACCAGUGGGGAGUAUAUUAAGGGGGUGCUCUACUUUCAGGAUUAGUUACCAUAGACAAUGACACGAGACUAGCUGUAAUUUAUUUUAACAAUUUAUUACUUUUCAAUCCAACAAAUAUAUAAAUAUCAUAUGUG